AUGACUUCUCAUGAGCAAGACCAUAACGCUCCUGCUGAAGAACAGUCUGUCUGCUCCGAAUCCGCGACCCCCAGGCCCUCCUCUACCGAGCUUCCUCCCGACACUCUCAGUAAGGUCCCCAGCAUACGAUUUUCAGAGGGCACCAAGACCCAUUCAAGUUUGCGAAAUCCAAUGUCCAACUAUCGUCGAACACCCAGCAGUUCGGAUGAAAUCACUCCCAUCCGUGCGGCCGACGGAAACGCAGAACGUCGUUACAACACGGCGGACGAUGCCUCAACCCUGCCGGGCAGUGGUGCAGCAGAUGGACCUGAACAGGAAGAACAGCAAGACCAGGGGCCGAAGAAGGAGAAGAAACCAGCCUGGUUCAAGAGGUUGGCUGAAAAGUACGGCUCAGUGUCGUUGGAGAACAAGGGGUCCGUGGCCAGGGAUCAUUUGGCAUUGGAAAGGACAUUUCUGGCCUGGCUUCGCACCAGUCUCGCUUUUGCGAGCAUCGGCAUUGCCAUCACCCAGCUGUUUCGACUCAACACCACGAUAGCUAGUCGAGGGAGCGAGUCCAUCUCCAGCGUUGCCCGAGCCCUGGGCCAGAUGCCUCUGUCGCCUCUCGUCGGACAGUCGGUGCCCGCCGAACUGGUGCCAUAUCUACAGCAACUCGUCGCAUCCGCCACCAUUCCUUCCCCAUCAUUAGGGCCUACAUUGCUUGACCAACUCCUCCUUCUUCCACCUCCUGACGCCUCCGGACUUCAGUAUCCUAGGCGCGACGAUAUCGGCCCCUCUGCAAUUGACGAAAGGGCGGCCACGAAGCUCAGACAUGUGGGCAAGCCUCUCGGGGCCACGUUUCUCGGCAUAUCAAUCAUUGUCUUGUUCAUUGGGUUUCACCGCUAUUUCGAAGCCCAGCACUGGAUCAUCCGGGGAAAGUUCCCCGCCAGUCGUGGCAGCAUUUUCAUUGUUGGGUUCAUCGCGGGCUCCCUGAUCGUUGCAAGUCUUGCGGUUGUGCUGGCGAUUGCGCCCACCAGUUUUGAGAAGAAACGGUGA